AUGGCCAAGAAGGGUUGGUUUAGUAUGUUAAAGAAGCUCUUCAUAUGGGAAACACAUUCCUCACAAGAGAAGAAGGAGAAAAGAAGGAAAUGGAUAUUUGGGAGGCAGAAGACAAAGAGAUUGCCUCCAAUUAAAGCCUCAUCGCCAUCAAAAGAAGAAAGACUAAGGGAAGCUGAGGAAGAACACAGCAAGCAUGCUUUAACAGUGGCCAUUGCUUCAGCUGCUGCUGCUGAAGCUGCUAUUGCAGCUGCUCAAGUUGCUGUUCAGGUUGUUAGGCUCCAAUCUUCCCAUCAACAUAAAGAAAAACCAGAAGAAUUUCAACCUGUUAAAACUAGGCAUGAUGCUUCUCAAUCCACAUACCAAUUGCAGAGAAAGAUUGAAGAGUCUUCAGCCAUCAAAAUUCAAACAGCAUUUAGAGGUUACCUAGCAAGGAAAGCUUUGAAGGCAUUGAAGGGAAUAGUGAAGCUUCAAGCUAUCAUUCGUGGCAGAGCUGUGAGACGCCAAGCUAUGAGUACUCUGAAGUGCUUGCAGUCCAUUGUAAGUAUCCAAUCACAUGUCAUUGCAAGGAGACUCCAAAUGGUUGAAGAAAGAUGGGAUUGUGGUGAAAAUGAAGAUUUGCAAGGUUCAAGAGACAAGAUAAUAAGGAUCGACACAAACAGUGAGAAUAGGUGGGAUGAUAGCAUUUUAUUGAAGGAAGAGGUAGAUGCCUCUAUCAUAAGCAAGAAAGAAGCUAUUCUCAAAGGAGAAAGAAUAAAAGAAUACUCAUUCAACCAUAGAAGAUCAGCUGAAUCAGAAAGAAACAAAAUAAAUGGAAGAUGGAAGUACUGGAUGGAGCAGUGGAUAGACACCCAACUUUCUAAGAGUAAAGAACUUGAAGAUUUAGACUCAGUUUUCAGCUCACAUUCUAGAACUAGAGAGGAAUGUGGAAGAAUGAAACUUAAGCUUAGAAAUAUUCAGAGACAAAAUCAGGUUGAAGGGUUAGACUCUCCAAAACUUGCUUCAAGGAACUAUUUUCCUCAUAGGAGGCAGAGUUCACAGGGAGGAGAAGAUGACAACUCAUUUCCAAGCUCACCUGCAAUUCCUACAUACAUGGCUGCAACAAAAUCAACACAAGCAAAAGUAAGAUCAACAAUGUCCCCAAAAUUAAGGACAGGAGGAAAUUGGGACAUAAAUUCUGAUAGUUACUCACCAUGCAAGAAAAAGCUAUCUAUUGUAACUUCUAUUAAUAGUGAAUUGCUCAAUAGUGGUAGGAUGGGGAAGCUAAGUAAUAAUCAGCAAAGAUCUCCUUCCUUAAAGGGUCUUUCAAAGCCUACCAAACUCAAGCUAGACAAUGAAGGUUCUCUCAGCAUUAAUUCAAACUACUCAGUGCCAAAUUGA